CAUAAUCAUUUUACACUUUAAUUCUUUGCGGCUUCGGCUUCAGUUUUUUUUAAAUAAAUUGCCGUUCGUUUGUGUACAGAAAUAAUCGUAAAAAUGCUUUCACGUGCAGUACGUGUUCGCGCCGUUCUUCGGGGCUUAUCCACUGUAGCUGCCUGCGCUCGUAAUCGUCAUACACAAAAUUGCAUGGUUGAAUAUUUUAAUGAAGUGAGACUGCUCCGAUUCAAUGGCGCAGUCUCAAUGAUGCAGACACAGCGCUUCUUCAGCCGAAAGCGGAAUGAUAACGAAGACGACCUAAUGGCCGAGGGCGAGCCAGAACUUCUGGCCGAUCAUCGUGACGCGCAACAACUGCCGGCCACCGUUGCCGUCCCCGAUGUAUGGCCCCACGUGCCGAUGUUAGCAAUGCGAAGAAAUCCAUUGUUCCCGCGAUUCAUGAAGAUUGUCGAGGUAUCCAAUCCAAUUAUAAUGGAUCUUUUACGUCGUAAAGUGAAGCUGAAUCAACCUUAUGUGGGCGUGUUUCUAAAGAAAUCAGACGGAGAAGAGGAGCUCAUACACAAUCUGGACGAUGUCUAUUCGGUGGGAACCUUCGCUCAGAUUCAGGAACUGCAAGAUCUGGGUGAUAAGUUACGCAUGGUUGUUGUGGCUCAUAGACGUAUUAAGAUAACCGGACAAGUUGUGGAUGAUGUUCCAUCGAAGUCAGUGAAAAUGACAACUUUACAUUAUCCACUCUUUAAUAUAAAAUUACGCAUCCCAGCUGAAGAUCAAUCAACUGAUGGCACUAAUACAACUGGAAAAUCGAAUAAUCGGGGCAUGCGUAAAACUCGAGGACGUGCUCCACGACGACAAACACAUAAAUUAAAUGAGGCGGCGAACGCCGAGGAGAUGGCCCAGCGUCAAACACUGGAGCCACCGUUGCCCAGUGGACGUGUCGAGCAAACGACAGCAACGACGAAAAAGACUACCGAAGAAGGGAAACCAUCCUCGACUGAUACUGCAGAUAACAGUAACGAAACAACCGCAGCCCCAACAACGCCACCCGUGCUCAUUGUGGAAGUGGAGAAUAUUAAGCAGCCGAUGUACAAGCAAACGGAGGAAGUCAAGGCUCUAACACAGGAAAUUAUAAAAACCUUGCGCGAUAUUAUUACCAUGAACCCAUUGUACAGGCAUGCCGAUUUUUGUUAUUAUAGAGAAAGCUUACAACAAAUGCUGCAUCAGAAUCAGCGAGUUGUUGAUAAUCCCAUUUAUUUGUGUGAUUUGGGCGCCUCCUUGUCAGCUGGUGAGCCAAGCGAACUGCAAAAAAUUUUGGAGGAAACUGAUAUACCUCAACGUCUUUUGCUUGCAUUGGCGUUGCUUAAAAAGGAAUUGGAGCUGUCACGUUUGCAGCAAAAGAUUGGUCGCGAAGUUGAAGAGAAAGUCAAGCAGCAGCAUCGCAAAUAUAUACUCCAGGAACAGCUAAAGGUAAUCAAAAAGGAGCUGGGUAUUGAAAAAGAUGAUAAGGAUGCCAUUGGCGAAAAGUAUCGCGAAAAACUCAAGGACAAAACUGUACCAGAGAGCAUCAAAACUGUUAUUGACGAAGAGCUUACGAAGUUAAACUUUUUAGAGAGUCACAGCUCAGAGUUUAACGUUACUCGUAACUAUUUAGACUGGCUUACCUCAUUGCCUUGGGGCGUCAUUAGUCCCGAAAACCUAUGCCUUGACAAGGCGACUGAAAUUCUAAACAACGAUCACUACGGCAUGGAAGACAUUAAGAAACGAAUAUUGGAAUUUAUUGCUGUUAGCUCACUAAAGGGUACCACGCAGGGCAAAAUCUUGUGUUUCCAUGGACCACCAGGCGUUGGCAAAACGAGCAUAGCAAAGUCUAUAGCACGCGCCCUAAAUCGCGAAUAUUUCCGCUUUAGCGUUGGCGGAAUGACGGAUGUUGCAGAGAUUAAGGGUCAUCGUCGCACCUAUGUGGGCGCCAUGCCUGGUAAGCUUAUACAGUGCCUUAAGAAGACCAAGACGGAGAAUCCGCUUGUGCUUAUCGAUGAAGUUGAUAAGAUUGGCAAGGGCUAUCAAGGUGAUCCGAGCUCAGCACUAUUGGAGCUUCUGGAUCCUGAACAAAACUCAAAUUUCCUUGACCAUUAUUUGGAUGUUCCCGUUGAUCUAUCACGUGUGCUAUUCAUCUGCACGGCGAAUGUGAUAGAUACCAUACCCGAACCGCUGCGCGAUCGCAUGGAGCUUAUCGAAAUGUCAGGAUAUGUGGCAGAAGAGAAGGUGGCCAUUGCACGCCAGUACCUGAUACCGCAGGCCAUGAAAGACUGUGGCCUAACGGAAAAGCAGAUCAACAUAACAGAGGAUGCGUUGAACAUGCUUAUACGCAGCUAUUGCCGCGAAUCUGGUGUGCGCAAUCUGCAGAAGCAGAUUGAGAAGGUCAUACGCAAAGUGGCCUUCCGCCUCGUCAAGAAGGAGGGUGAAGAAUUCCCCGUGAAUGCCGACAAUUUGACAACGUUCCUUGGCAAACAGGUUUUCAGUUCCGAUCGCAUGUACAACGUAACGCCACCUGGUGUUGUAAUGGGCUUGGCCUGGACUGCAAUGGGCGGCUCUUCACUAUACAUUGAAACUUCUAGGCGUCACAUACGCUCCGAGAAGCCCGAAGCCACCGCUGGAUUGUUACAUUUAACUGGUAACCUGGGCGAUGUAAUGAAGGAAUCCGCACAAAUUGCACUGACCGUGGCCCGAAACUUUUUGUACACGUAUAAUCCAAACAACAAGUUCCUGGAGCAGGAACACAUUCACCUGCACGUGCCUGAAGGAUCAACGCCCAAGGAUGGACCAAGCGCUGGUGUUACUAUUAUCACGGCUUUGGUUUCACUGGCUACCGGAAAGCCAGUCCGUGCCGACGUAGCUAUGACGGGUGAGGUUUCACUAAAGGGUAAAGUGUUAACUGUGGGCGGUAUCAAGGAGAAGACAAUUGCGGCCCGUCGCAGCGGCGUCACGUGCCUUAUUCUGCCUGCUGACAAUAAGAAGGACUUUGAGGAGCUGCCCAGCUUCAUUACCGACGGCUUGGAAGUACACUUUGCCAGUGAAUACGAAGAUGUCUAUAAGAUUGCUUUCUCUGACGCAGACUUUGGGGCAACGAAAAACGAAAGUAGCAGCAAAACUGAGGCGAUGCGCGCUAAGAUACCAACGGCUGCCACAGCCACAGCCACAGCCACUGCGCAGCUGACCAGCACCUAAGUCAUAUUCACUAAGUUAGGCUAAGCGUGGGAGAGGGCCAAAAAGGGGGACAAACACACACUGAGUUCAUAUAUGUACUACUGAGAUAUGACGUAUGUUAGCCAGGUUUAUUAGUAUAUACAUAGGUAUAUGUAUUUAGAGCAAAGCAUUUGUUAAUC